AUGAAAAAUAUUAAAAAUUGCUUAACAUAUAUUUCAAUAUGUGCAUUUCUUUUUGUUAUCGCUUCUGCAUCUCAUAAAUCUACUGGUAGCCCUUCAUAACAUCCUGACGUUAUAAACUACAAUGAUUUUACUUUGUAAUUUGAAGAUCAGUUUAAUCAAACUGAAAUAAACACUUAGUAUUGGAAAGUUGGUGAUAACUUAGUUAGAACUAGUUAAUAAUUUUAAAUUUAUACUAAAGAUAAUGUGAAAAUAAAAGGAGAUAACUUGGUUUUAAGUGCACAGUAUAAUUCUACGAUUUAUGACCAAAAGAAAUAUGACUAUUCUGGAGGAUAUUUAGAAACUAGAGGAAGUAAAGGUUUCAAAUUUUAAUAUGGCUACGCUGAAGCAAGAAUUAAAUUACCUAAAUUAUAAUUCUAGGAUUCAUCAUUUCCAGCAUUCUGGGCUCUUCCUGCUGACAACUCAAGAUGGCCAUAUUCAGUUGAAGUAGAUAUUAUGGAAUAUUGCAAUGUUUGUAGUGGCGAUGAUAAAAAUGAUUAUGUCUAUAGUGCAUAUAUUUAUGGUAAUAGAUCAUAAUAUGGAGAUUGUAGAAUUUGGUAUAGAUCCCCUAUGAAAUAAAUUUCUUUCACUGAAUAUCAUCUUUAUGGAAUGCUUUGGACUAAAAAUGAAGUGACCUUCUAUGUUGAUGGUGUUGCUAAUUAUAGCUUUAUUAUUAGCGAUCCUUCAAACAAUAAAAGUGUAGGCUGUCCUAUAGUUAUUCCUAAUAGAGAUUUCUACUUAAUUUUGAAUUUUGCUGUCAUAGAGAAAUAUGCAAAACCUGAGCAUUACAAAGAACCUAAAGAAAUGUAUGUUGAUUAUGUUAGAGUUUAUAAACUUAAUAAUAAUUGA